AUGCGGGGCGACGCUCGACGGCUCCGCAUCCCCAGAAGCGCCGAGGAGGUCGUUGACUUGUUUGACAAGCUCAAAAGCACUGUCAAGAAGUUGAAAGCCGAGAUUUAUCCUGCGCCGGUUUCCGGCGGCGACAACUUCGACCCCGUGUGGUCGCUGGACGAGAGCAUUGAUGCUUACAUCAACCGCGUCUAUCCCAAGACGCCGAUGCCCGCGCUAGACUCGGGCUUCGAGAGGAUCAGCGCCACACGGUUUACCGCCUCAUCCCUCAGCAGCAUCGCACGCAUCAAGAUUGAAUGGACCGACCGGCUCACGGAUCACUUAAAUCUUUUCAUCGGCGCUGGCUCCCCACAUGUUACCGGGAGUAAGUAUGCUCUCAGAAGAGUCACUGAAGUUUGGAUGCCUACCUCCGGAAGGACCUUGAAGGCCCACGUCGCCGACAGAUCCAAACGUCUCGACGCCGGCCUGCUAGACCCCUUCUCCGCUUCGACAGAGUUAGGACCCACGAACACACAGAGGGACGCGGCGAGCCUGACGAACCUCCGAUCGCUCUACCGCAGUUUCCCGCACUGGGGCGAACGACUCUACCGCAUCUGGAACGAGCUGGAGAACCCUACGCCGGUGACAAGGUGGGAGAAGUGGUCGGAUAAGCGCAAGUCGGCGUGGUACUCAACAUGGUGGGGCGUGCUCGGAAUCAUUCUCGCGCUCUUCUUCGGGCUUGCGUCUAUUCUGUUAGGGGCGUUGCAGGUGUGGAUCUCGUACUGCUCGUGGAUUGACGAUCCGUCAGUCGGAGGAUGUGAGAUCAAGGCGCAUGUGCUGGCCAAAAUAAACAAGCAGCCUUAA